CCGCUCCAAUCUGACCCUCAGAAUGGCGUCCAGUAACGCUAUGAUGCCUCUAGUCACGGCUGUGGAGGGUGAGACUAAGCCGAAUACAAAACCGACCCCCGACCAGAUCAUAGCAGCCCCGAUCGACUACCUCUUGUCUCUACCCGGAAAAGACCUCCGCGGCCGUCUGAUCGCCGCUUUCGACGAGUGGCUGCACGUCCCACCAGACAAACUCGAUCUGAUCCGACGAGUGAUCGAGCUCCUACACACUGCCUCACUCUUAAUUGAUGACAUUCAGGACUCCUCCAAUCUCCGGCGGGGUCAACCGGUCGCUCAUAGUAUCUUUGGAAUCGCGUCGACCAUCAAUUCAGCAAACUAUGCAUAUUUCGAAGCCCAGCAUGAGCUGCAUAAGCUGAAUGACCCCCGCGCAAUUCAAAUCUUCACGGAGGAGCUUCUCCGGCUGCACCGCGGGCAGGGGAUGGAUCUGUACUGGCGGGACUCCCUUACAUGCCCGUCCGAAGAGGAAUAUUUCGACAUGGUAGCGGAUAAAACGGGCGGUCUGUUUCGGCUCGCAAUCAAGCUGAUGCAGUGCUCGAGCACCAGCACCUACGACUAUGUCCCUUUGGUAAACCUGAUGGGAAUCAUCUUUCAGAUUCGAGAUGACUACCAGAAUCUGCAGAGUGGGACGUACAUUUGCAAUAAGGGAUUUGGGGAGGAUUUGACGGAGGGCAAGUUCUCAUUUCCUAUAAUCCAUGCAAUCCGUCAUGGUGCACAGAGGCUACAGCUCCUCAGCAUCCUGAAACAGAAGACGGAAGACGUGACAGUCAAACGAUACGCCAUAGGUGUUAUGGAAGCUGCAGGGAGUUUUGAUUACUGCCGCGUCAAGAUUGCAGAACUGGCCGCAGAAGCAAGGUUGAUGCUCCAAGAAAUUGCGGGCUCUACGACCGGGAAGGACACUUCAGGCGGCAAGGGUGUCGCCGAGUUCUUGGAUGUGCUGGAGAUAAAAUAGGACAGUUCGGUUUCUCAUUGUGUAGCUUGCUCGGAUAGUCCAUAAGAUAUGAUCAAACGCAGG